AUGAGUCAAAGCUCAGAUCAGGAUCCCUCCCGGAAAGCUAGUCCGUUCGACAGUCUGAGCAGAGACGAUCUGGUGAAGAAAUGCAAAGGUCUGCUGGGUAUCGCCCAAAAGGCCAAACAAGCGAAAGAUGAAUGUCAAGAAGAGAACCGCCGGCUUAAAGAGCAACUAAGCCAUUUUGAGACACAGAAAAAUGCGGACAAAGAAUGCAUCAAGGCUAUGCAAGAAGUAGCCGAUUCAUACAUGGACCAAAAGCUACAAGCAACGAUGAAAGUGGAUGAAUUACAGAAACAGCUAACAAAAGUAAGCGGCCAAUUAGCAGAAGAAAAAAUUGCACAUGAAAAGGAAACCCACGCAGUAAAGGUGGAAAUUGAACAGCUGAAGGAAAAACUGGCCAAACUCGAGAAAGAAACGGAGCGUUGCAACGAACUGCAGGAAGAAAAUGCUAAUCUCGAAAAGGAGCGGAUAGCACUGGAGCAAGAGCUGAUAAAGGUGAAGGGCAGCCAAACUGUGCUGGGCGAAUCAGCGUCGACUCCGAGGGAAGAGAAAUUGAUCCGCAAGCUGAAGCUAUACAAAGCCAAAGUUCAAGAAAUCAACGCCAAGCUGCUGCUUCUUAAAUCCGAUCGCAAGAUCUUACUCAAAACAGUCAAAGAAUAUGCUGAGCAGGUACCAAAGUGGCAAAAAGAUUUGGUUAAUGCUUCAAAUGUUCUUUUUGAAAAGAUACGCGUUCUCGAGCUGAUAAAAAGUGAGCUUGAAGAAAAGAUCGGACAGCACGAAAUAGCGGCCAAAGAACUGCAGGAAAAAAAUAUCGACCUAGAGAGGCAAUUAGCAGAACUGGAACGGAAAUUUGAACAGAGUUCGGCUGCAGCUAACGAUCAAACUGACAGUACCGUACCGCGCUCUGAACAACUAUUAGCAGAAAUAGAACGUUUAAAUUUGAUUAUUACAUCGUUAGAAGAAAAAACCCGUACAGAGCUGUCAACAUAUGAAGCUAAACUGAAAGCCGACAGCGACGAGAAGGAAAAUCUUCGGAAAGACCUUGAAGCAUCGAAUCAAUCAAUUCUACAUUUGCAGGCACAAAUUCAAUCUCAAGAGGAUAUACUGUCAGAAAGCAAACAAACGCAGUCGAGUAUCAACAAACAACUCGAGCAAUAUGCAAAGGAUGCCAACCUUUUUGAGCAACAAGCGAAAGCACUGGAAGAAGAACUACAAAACCACAUACAACAGAUAGAACACUACAAACAGAAUGAGGAAUCUUUGCAAGCUAACGUGGAUAGCCUCACAGUUCUACUACAAGACGCGGAAAAGGAAAAGCAUCGCCUACAAAAAGAUAUUUCUAUCAAGUCUACCGAAGAGAAUGAAAAAUCCGUAGCCAUUCAAGUGGAAUUAAGUGAAGCUACGGAAAAGCUGAUCACAAUAGAACAAGAAAAAGAAAUGCUGGAAAAACAAAUUGCUUCACUGGAAACUGAAUUGGAAAAGCAAAGCUCAAAAUUGGUCGAAGUAAACCAGCAAGUUGUGCAGAAGUUGGUAGUGGAAAAUCAAAAUCUAGAAGCCCAGUUAGCUCAACUUGCGGAAAAGCUGCAUAAUAGCAUUUCAAAAUCGAAGCAAGUAGUUGACCGCUGCGAGCUCUUGGAAAAAGAGUCCGAGUCCAGAAAGUUGGAGCUGGAAGAGCUCGAUUCCGAAAAGAAUCGUUUGCUGGAGGAAGUAAAGCAAGCGCAACAAAUCACCACGCUGAAUGAUAAUUGCGACCGGUUAAAGGCCGAAAACGGUGAGCUGCUUUCCGAGUUAAAAGAGAUCAACGAAAUGCUAAAAGAUAGAGGAGAGGUAAUUAAUUUGCAACUUUCCAAAAUUGCCGAACUGCAGGAAAAGCUGUCCCGCACGGAAACGGUCGAGGUAGAACCGUUAAAGCUACAGAUUGAUCAGCUGCAAAAGCUGGUCGCAGAAAAAGAGACCGAGCUUGAACGGCAACGUGACGAACUGGCGACUGCACUGAACCGGUCGAACGUUAGCUUUGAUACGCAGAGUGAUGUAAUGUCCACGUCGACCAUUUCACGCGUCGAGGAUGUCGCUCGGUUACGAGAAAUUGAUGAAAGUUACGAAGAAAAGUACAUCAAACUACGCUCGCUAGCAGUGAAGCUGAAGAAAAAAGUUGCAGAACAGACCAUUCUGCUGCAAAAAUAUGAAAAAGAAGGCUCAACAGGGACGUCGACCGUAACCGUGGCUAGUUCUGCGGAUUCUGCGCUCCAAACAGUUACCAAAAAUUUACAAACACUACAAACGGAAAAUGAUCGAUUACAGGAUCAACUCGAUGGUAUGACAAAAGAAAUUUCAAACUUGCGGGAAGAACUUGAUAAAAAAUCAAUUGAAUUGACUACGUUAGAGCAGAUCCAGAAGGACGUCGAAGGUACAAGCAAAGACCGAACCACACUAGAAACGGCCAUCCGGGAAUAUCAAACACAAAUUCAAAAUCUAAAGCGCGAAAAGGAUGCCUUUCAAAUGGCUAAAAAAGAGAUUGAUGCGGAGAACCAACGGUUAAAGGCUAACCUCAAGGCAAAGGAAAAAGAUCUCUCGGAUACGAUGGAACAACAAAAAGAGCUCAAAUCGGAGCUAGAACGUUCGAAACUUGCCGUGAAGAAAGCGAACCUGUUAACGCUCGAAAUGGAAGCGUACGAACGUUCACUGGCCGAGCUAAACAGCAAACUGGAGACGAAGAAAACCUUAGUGAAAGAGCUGGAAGAAACGAUCGACGCACAGGAACGUUCGAUGAAGAGUCUCAAGCAGCAGCUAACGAUACUGGAGGAAAGCUUAGAAUCGCAGCAAAAACAUUCCCGCGAACUAAAGCAAGAGGUGGACGUCCAGCAGGGAAAAUUACGCCAAAGCGAACACCAGCGUAUGGAGCUUACUGGUCAGCUGGAAGAACUGCGGGACGAGCAUGAUCGUUUGAAGCAAAAGGUAGAGAAUAAUCGUGUCGAGCUGGAGCAGGUAGCGGCCGAGAAGCAGAAAACUUGCGGUUCGUUGGAAAUGGAAAAAAAUACUCUGCUCAAACAAAAUGUUAGCUUGGAGAGCGAGCUUAAUGAGUUGCGCAAGGAAAUGGCAGGCAGGCAGCAGGAAUUGGAUGACAUUCGGACCGAGUUUGCUAGUUACAAAAUUCGUGCCCAGUCUGUGUUGCGACAGAACCAGAACAAGGACAGCAGCCGGGAGAAGGAGCUGGAAGAAGAAUUGAGUCAGCUGCGUCGUUCGCUGGAUGCGGUAGAAAACAAGCAGCAAAGUCUUCUGAAGCAAAUAGCGGACUUAACGAAAAGUAACGAAGAGUUUAAACAUGAACGAGACCGGACACAGAAUCGUUGCAAGGAACUGUUGGGUUUGCUGGAAGAAAGUCGACUACACAAUGAAUCGCUGAUGGAAGAAUCGAGGAAAGUGAACCAGGAACACCAGGAAGCGCUAAAAACUCAACGCAUUCAGAACGAAACACUUGUCCAGUGUUACAAGAAGCAGCUCGAAGAACAGCAGGAAGCUCACGCACGAGAAAUGGAACAGCUGCAGAAAAGUGUACGCUCCAUCCGAUCGGAAGCAUCAGUGGACGGUUUGGCAGGUGUCGAAAGCCGAAGUAAUCUUUUAAACAAUAAUCUUUCACUACAAAGUUCCUUAAUGCUAGGCGCAGGGGCCGCUAGUCGGACCACGUUUACCGAUGAGCAGCGCAUUAGUCUGCUGCUAAUGGAAAGAGAAGAUGGCGAAGGUUCGGAAAACACUAGCCUAGGAGCGGGAACUUUGGGCCCAUGGAGGCGAAAACUUUCCACCUCUUCAACGGCACGAGGACGCAGCAGCCGUGAUGUUAUGCCGUUGGAUGAGUUGCUAAACACUUCGUUCGACGAUGCAAACUCGGUGGUACUGGCAGACGACGGUGGUGAGAGUGAUCAGCACCACGGACCCACGUACGGUAGGGAUUCAUCGCCAACGGUCGAACUGCAGGCUACGAAGGAGCAGCUUAGCAAACAGGAAAGCCGGGUGCGUCAUCUAACCGCAGUGCUGGCGGAAGCGGAACAAGAUCUUGCGAAACUGACGCAACUGAACGAGCUGCUGAAGGAAGAGGUACGUCGACAGCAGCGAUCCAUUGAACGGGAGGCCCAUGUACACAAUUCAGAGUAUUUAAAAAAUGUGAUAUUCAAGUUUGUAACGUUAAGCAAUGGAGAUGAGCGGUCAAGGUUGGUGCCGGUUUUAAACACAAUACUUAAGCUUAGUCCGGAGGAAACACAGAAACUGCAGAACGUAGCCAAAGGUUCUGAUCCUAGUGCUCGCGGUUGGACGGGUUUAUUGUGGAGUUAGUGUGGAGUCCGA